AUGUUGGCAAAACUAUGGGAUUUGGGAUUUGGGAUUUGGGAUUGGGACUGGGAUUUGGGAUUUGGGAUUGGGACUGGGAUUUGGGAUUGGGACUGGGAUUUGGGAUUUGGGAUUGGGAUUUGGGAUUGGGACUGGGAUUUGGGAUUUGGGAUUGGGACUGGGAUUUGGGAUUGGGACUGGGAUUUGGGAUUUGGGAUUGGGACUGGGAUUUGGGAUUUGGGAUUGGGAUUGGGAUUUGGGAUUGGG